UUGAAUGGAUAAAAUAUAGAGGCAGACCCUUUCGCUCUCCAACAGACACUUUCGUCGGAAACUAGCAAUGACAUCUGUACCGCCACCACCAACGCCGCAUCAGCUCCAACCCGAUGGAGUGUCCAAACUCGAAGAUGACAACCACCUUCAGCUGCAUGAUGUGCGCUUCCGCUCGCACCCCGAUGUAUUUGACGUCGACGUUGUCUCGACGCAAGGGGCGUUGCCGAUGACCAUCUCCCUGGAAUCCCACCGCACCAAGGGGCGAUGGUCAUGCCACGUCAUCGACUUGAAGGUCCAUGCUUCGAAGGACGCGCAUACGCAUACCGACGGUUGGACGGUGGUGUCGGCGCUCCAGAACGCGCUGGUUGCCCUCCAACCCGACAGUGCACGAACAUGCUCGCAAUCGAAAGUGGAUCUAAAGCACCAUGCCGCUUCUGGGGCGAUGCAUGUCCUGCUCGUUGUGGCGGGCCACGACGUCGACACGGUCCUUCCUCUGGGGUUCCACUUCGAGCUCGUUCCGUUCGCCACCGUGUCCUCCGCCGACACCCUCGACUCCAAGAUGCUCGAGCUGAUUAAGGACAUGGAUCGCGUGCUCAAGGUGCCGGAGCCCGUCCUCUUCUUGCUCUCCCAAGGCAUCCCCAAACCUCUGGGAACAUUUGUCUUUUCGUGUUGGAAUGUACAUCAGAGCUUGGAGCCGCAGCAUUUCGCGCUGUCCGUCGACGCCACGGAGCUGGUGUUUCUCAAGCACGGCGGCUACCACAUCCAGAUCCGCGGCCUGAGUGGCCAUCCUCCGGCCAGCCCUCCGCCGCUAGGAGCGGGGAGUUCGCUGACGGCGUCUACGUUUGAGCUGUUCGUGGACCAAUCCAAAGUGGCCAUGUCACAGGGCUACGGCAACUUCUGCCAGCUCUCGUACGUGUUUACGGUGGAUAAAGUAACGGCCGUGUCGGUGGUCAUUCGAGGGUACCAUGAGCACCAUAAAAGUGUGACGCUCGUGGUCGAGCAAGUGCCCAGCAUGUAAGCCCGCCAGACGACCUGCGACAGAGUCAUUGUGUAGUGCCUCAUGUGUUUAUCUGCUUUGAAGUGACCAAGUUCAUAGCUCAGGCCAUAAUCGACGAGCAAUGGGCAUUUGAAGUGUGUGCAUCUUUUUGCCUGAAACGGAGAAACCAAUCCAAUGCUUGGAAAUAUAAAAGCAUCGAUUCUGUCCAAUCAAAACUC